CUUAGUGAUUUGUCCUCUUCACACUCAUCCACUUCAACUCCCAUGACUGGAAAAGGGCAGUCUUUCUUUGCUGAUCAAGUGUGCAAGGAAGAAUUCAGCUCCUUGCAUCAAGAUGAUAAAGACAGACUGAGUGACAGCACAACAGGUGCUGAUAGUUUAUUGGAUGUGAGUUCUGAAGCUGACCAGCAAGAUCUACUUCUGUUGAUGCAAGCAAAAAUUGCUUCUUUGACAUUGCACAAUAAGGAGCUGCAGGACAAAUUACAGGAAAGAACACCUAAAGAAGUGGAUCCAACUGUAGAGUCUUAUCAUUCAACCCAAACAGAUUUUGAGCAAACUGCAGACAGACAAAAUGAGUUCUCACCUCAGGAGCUGAAGUCUACAUUAGGUGCCACCCAAGUUCAAGAAAAGUUGACAAGCCCCAGUGAAACACAAAUGAAGUACCUCCAGGAAGACUUAAAGGAGGUGCAGAGAAAAUUAGAGAAUUCUGAAGCCAAAAGAAAGCACAUAGAAGCUCAGGUCCAGUCUAGAGUCCCAGAAACAGAUCAUUUCAAUAACACAGACAUUUCAGAAAAUGGUUCUGAUCUUAACCUGAAGGUCCAAGAAACUCAAAACAGGUAUGAGGAACCUGUGAAAGAUGUUUUGAAUGUACAAAGGCAAAUGAAGCCAGGUCUUGUUUCCUCUGAAAGCGAAGAAACCAGUUCUGAUCUGAGUAGGUUGAAGGUUACAUACGGAGAAGUUGAAGUGCUUAAGCAAGAAUUGAAGAGAGCGUUGGAGGAAAGUGAAAGACAAAAAGAGAAAGUGAGAGAGCUACAGAAAAAGUUUGAAGAAAGAGAGCAGAAUGUGGCAAGUGAAUUGUCUGUGGAAGAGUGUGAGGAAAUUAAGAAUUCAUAUUGUUCAGUUAUUGAUAACAUUAAUCAAGAGAAAGCAUUGUUGAUUGAGAGGUAAGAAGGGCAAGAGAAAAUAAAAAGGCUACAGGACAAGCUGACAAAUCAGACACAGCUGGAAUCUAGUGCUGAAGCUGGAGAAAUGAAAGAUGCGAUGCACCAAAUGAUAGAUGAGCUCAACAGACAACUUAGUGAAUUGUCCCAGUUGUACAAAGAAGCACAAACAGAGCUUGAGGACUAUAGAAAGAGAAAAACUCCAGAUGAUAUAACUUUGGACUACAUUCCUAGAGAUGAACAUGAGAAACUGAUGCAAGUAACAAAUUCUUUGAAAUACAAAGCAGAGAAUGAGUUAUCAGAAAUUAAAUCCCAGUACACAAAAGUAUUAGCUGAAGCAGAAGAACUAAAGCAACUGUUAGAUGCCCAGAAGCAAAACUCUCUGCCAAUCACUGAACACCAUCAGGUGAUGAAUGCACUCAGAAAUACUGUAAGGGAAAUGGAGGAAGAAAUAAAUGAGCUCAAAGGACGACUUACCAACAAGGAAAGCGAAGUAAGAAACUUGCAGAAGGAAUUACUGGAAGAAAAAGCUGCAAUUAAUGAAGCAAUGGUACCCAAGGCUGCAUAUGAAAAGCUCCAGUCAUCACUAGAGGGUGAAGUUAGUGUUUUGUCAUCCAAACUGAAGGAUGUAAUCCAAGAGAAGGAAGAUGUGUCCUUAGAUGCUAUGCAACUGAGAAAUGAAGUUUUGCACUUGCAGGAAGAGAAAGAAGGUAUUCAUACUCUGCUUGAAGCAAAGGAACGGGAGGUGACCGGUCUUCAUCAAAAGUACCAUCAAGUUCAAGAAGAGCUUCUUGAAAUGAAAAGGUAUUCUGAAAGCUCAGCAAAACUAGAAGAGGAUAAAGAUAAAAAGAUCAAUGAAAUGUCCAAGGAAGUCAGCAAAUUAAAAGAAGCAUUGAACAGCCUUUCUCAGCUUUCCUAAUCAACCAGUGCCCCCAAAAGACAAAGACAGCAGCUGGAGGAAUUACAAAAACAAGUGAAGAAGUUGCAAAACCAACUGACUGAAACAAAGAAACAACAUCAGGAAAUUGUCUCAGUUUACAGGAUGCAUCUUCUCUAUGCUGUGCAGGGUCAAAUGGAUGAAGAUGUCCAGAAAGUGCUUAAACAAAUUUUAUCGAUGUGUAAAAGCCAGUCACAGAAAAAGUAA